GCGGAUUUACAAAUCAUCUGCUCGGCCUCUUUGAAUCCACUUUGCUGGACGGGGGAGUUUGCAAAUCCGUGAAGCGGCUCAGCAUCCGGUUCUGUCUGCUCAACUUCCUCCGAAAACAACACCACGUGUGUGUAAGAAAUGAAUGGGUGGCUGUCGCUGAGCUCCACAUUGCACAUCCAGCGGCAUUAAGAGCAGAUUUAGUCGUUUACGGACCGCAGUUUGGGUUUGAACUCCACAGCCGAAUAACGACACCUCCGGAGAAGACUUGCACCAUGAGUUUUGUGGAGUACUCAGACUUCAUUCAGGAAGGGGACGUUGCCAUCGUCUACCUGGGCCACGAGUCCAUGAUGCCGGUCAAGGUGCAGCAGGGCGCCCACACGCAGACCCGCUACGGAGUCAUUCGCCAUUCCACAGACCUGAUUGGUAAGCGUUACGGGUCGAAAGUCACCUGCAGCAAAGGCAAGUGGGUCCUUGUGCUUCACCCCACACCUGAGCUCUGGACGGUCACCUUGCCGCACCGCACACAGAUCCUCUACACCACUGACAUCGCCACCAUCACCAUGAUGCUGGAGCUGAAGCCGGGAUCCAUCGUCUGCGAGUCCGGCCUGAAACCAACUCUGCCGGGGAGCGGGGACGGCGAGGACAGCGAGCACGAGACUGGACGGCACACGACGAGAUCACGGAGAGGCGAGAGGGCGUGUCAAGCCUCCACUGUCAUCUUUGUGAUGCUAAAUGAGGAAGGAUGA